ACAACUAGAAAGUCUGGGGCAACGUUUUGAAACUCUUUCAUAGCCAUUAUUGGCAUAUGAAAACCCACACACAUGCUAAAACAAACUUUGAGCUUGCCUUUCUUCAGUCUACCGUUUUAGCCACACAAGUUGCAGCAUAUCCCAAGUAGGCUAAUUUAAUAUUCUAAUAGACCGAUAUUGAGUUACAUCACAUUUUGUUUUUAUGAAGUUUGUUUUAGGCUACAUUCAGCCUAGUUAUUGAGGCACUCUGCCCUCGUCGGCACUGAAACUGACUCAUUUUGUCUCCUUUAUGUCUCAUAUGCGUGAACGUCACAGACUGGUGAACGUUAAGUGAGCAUUUUGAGAAACCCUUCAAUCAGCCUUACCUCACUCCUUGCGUCACGUGGUGCGUCUCUGACUGGGUGGUGGGCGUGUCUUAGACGGUGGGGUUUCAUUCAUAAAUACUUUAAGCUUUAAAAUCCACAUUAAAGUGAUCAUAGAAGAGUUUCACGGUAUUGGCUUUGCCCCUCCACCCCUGCAUGGACCAGGCUGGUUGAGUAGCCAUGCAGCACUGCCAUCCUUCUGUUGCUUCGAGGCCAGCGGGCCAGUCCUGAAGGGGAAAACGCCGCUGCUCAGUCUCAGUCGGCUGGCGAGGCUGAGGUGGCUGAGGAUGCAGCAAGGGAGCUGAGGAGGACACUCCUGAGCCACAGCUUAACACACACAUCCAGAGCUGCUGCUACGCACUGCCCCUCCAUCAGGGGGACUCUCUAGUUGGCCUGGACCAUGAGCAAUGAGUCUACCAUCUGGAACAUCCUACCAGAAAACUCCACAGAGAUCCCAGUAAAGGCAGAGGAGCAGCAAGAUGGCUCCGUGCUCCCCUUGGUGAUCCUUUCCGUCUUCCUGGUAGGAACUUUGAUCUCCGUCUCAGUCCUCCUCAUCGCCUUCCGUCGCUGCUGUCGAGGAGGACAAUGCUGUGCCAGGGCCAGCGAUGACCCUGAGAAAACCAACACCACCUACUUGGAGGAGUCUCAGCCCACCCAUGAAAUCACCAUCAGGGUGGAUGAGUCGGAGUGUCUGUCGAUGGCCAGCUCUCACGACCAAGAGACCGAGCGCUUCCUCUCCACCUGCACCACCGGCCGCCGUGUCUCCUUCAAUGAGGCUGCGCUCUUUGAUCAUGGCAAGAAGGCUCAGGAGAAGGGCCGCAGGUAUACUCUGACUGAGGGCGACUUUCACCACCUGAAGAACGCCCGGCUCACAAACCUCAACUUCCCUUCUCCAGCCCUCAAGAUAGUCACUAUCCAUGAGUGUGACUCGGCUGAGAACAGCAUCACCAUGACAACAACACGCCCUGUUGCUAAGUCAGCCCUUUCCAUCUUCCAGCCGAUGCUGUGCCCUCUGCCACAAACAGCGUUGACCAGCCUGAGUGUCAAUCCCAGCUGUGCCCUCCCUGGAGACGCCCUCAACUCGGUGGUGGGAACCAGCUUCAAUGACAAAAACAUGGCUCUCAGCACUAAGGAGCCAAGCUCAAUCGAGAUAAUGGGAGUGGGGCCCAGGGGCAGAGGCAGCAGCAUUAGUGUUGGAGAAGGGGUCUUGGUGGGGAGCUGCGCCUCCACUUCUGCCGGCAUUGCAGGAGGCCAGGGGCCCGUGCUGCAGUUCUUCACCAAACUGCGGCGCCAUGCUAGUCUGGAGGGGGCCAGUCCCUACUUUAAGAUCAAGAAAUGGAAGCUGGACAGCAGCCAGAGAGCCUCCAGUCUGGACACCAGAGGCUCUCCAAAGAGGAGACAGUUCCAGCGCCAGCGGGCGGCAAGUGAGAGCAUGGACCAGGACGACAACGACGCACACCACAUAGACCUCAUCCAGUACAUCGCUCGCACUCAGGACAUCCCCUACUGUCCCAGUCAGCCAACCACACGCCUCCUCUCACCUCCUUCCACACCACCGCCCUCCCUCGGCAGGGUAGAGGUAGAGGUCAUAGUGGAGCCCAGCUGCGGCCAUGGAGGACCAGGGGUGAUUGGCCUAUCCCCUGAUCCCCAAGAUGAAGGCCUGUCCCUGGAAAGAAGGGAAGGCGCAGACCCCUUGGACCCCCCAGAUGCCCAUGACCCCCUGACCCUUUACAAAGACAUCUGGACCCUUCGUGCCUCACUCGAACAGUACGCUGCCUCCGACCAGAGCAGCAACAAUGACAGGAACUCUGUCUGCAGUGAUGCUGACAGUGUGUGUUCGCUGAGCGGACGCACAGAGACAGAAAGAGGAGGGCUCCCAAGAUAUCCAUCCCAGGAUUUAGGAGAUGAAGCAGAGGGUGGAGAGGAUGACAAGGAUAUUUUGAUGUACACGGAGCAGAGGUUAGGUGUGAAAGAAGGGAAAAAGAGAAAACUGGGAGGCAAAGAACCAGAGCGAAGGGGUAGUGAUGGAGAAACAGGGACUCGUAAAUUGCUGCAGAUGGACAGCGGCUACGCGUCCAUAGAGGCUCCGUCUCGAGGUCCAGAGGAGUUGAGACUGUUCGGGAGCAACAACGGCAGCCCCAAAGACAAAACAGCUCACGAGAAAAGGCACCACUUCACCAACGCGGGGCGAAGUGGCACCAUCGGUGAGAGCUUUGAGUCUCAUCUCUUUGAGGAGGAGCCAGAAGAAGAGGUGUUGUUGGGUGCCAGUGGAGGAGUUCCCAUAGAAACAGAUGCUGGCGCACUGAGCUGGGCCCCACAUGGUCAAAUGCUCACACCCAGCGAGGCUGCACAGCCUUCAACUCAACCGCCAAUAUUGCACCGACGAGACUACAGCAUAGACGAGAAGACUGACGCCCUCUUCCACGAGUUUCUCCGUCACGACCCUCAGUUUGACCAGCAGGAGUCACCGCUAAGGAAGCAUCGAUCCCGAAUCCACCUCCGCAAGCAGUGGCAGCGCCACAAGCAGUGGAGUGACCCUGGUGUCAGACACUUUCAUUCCUCUUUUGAAAGACAGCGUACCCCUCUACGGAGGGGUGAAAGUGUGAACUACCCAUUGGAGACAAGCUACCACAGUACGCUCCCCCGAAUCGUUAGUGCUCCCGACGAGGAGAAUAGCGACGGCACCAUCAGCACCCCUGAUACCCCAAAGGUGGAGCCUACAACAACUGGCAACAGGGGAGAGAAGCAGGGUGUCAGCGUUAGACACACAGAGGACAGUAUCUCCUCCUUCCAACCACCUCUUGCACACUCCGUCUCAGAGAAAGAUGGAGGACAAGGUGAGCACCAUGAUCAUCAGGAGGACAUCAAACCAUCUGCACUGCCCCCCGAACCCGCAGACGAGCGCUCACCGCCUCAGCUGCCUGACUCCUUAGGCUACGGCCCGCAGACCAUAACAGCAGACCUCAUGGACAAACUGACUGCUCACCUGGACGAGAGGUUGUACACGGGCCUCCGCAGGGUCAAAGACACGACCGUUGAGUGUGUGACGGUGACGGCUACACACGCUUCUCCAGACCACAGCCCAGUGUAGCAGGGCUCCGUUGACCUCCUCAUCAACUUCACUCCUGCUGACACACACUAUUUCUUUUGUGUUUGUUUGUCUUGCCUCUAUUUAAGUGUCUCUCAAUAUAGAGCUUGAAUGGUGUGAUCCAGAUUCAGAAACGCGCUAUUGAGAAUAUGCUUUGCAAAAAUCCAUACUUGAACACAGGAUUCAUUUAAAUGCUGUUCAUCAACUAGAAAUUCAGUCAGUGUCUUUUUAUGCCUGUUAUCAUUACAAAGCAGGUUAAUGUUGCAGUCAAGCUACAAUCCAUAAUAGUGUAAGAUGAAGCAUAGCUAACACAUGGUUACAGUAGUAAUAGUAUCUGUAUCUGUGUUUGUCUCUCCUGCUGUCAUUCCCGUCUCUGCUCUCCAAUAUGAAUAACAUGCUGAGAGCCAGUAUGGCCUUCGCACUCAUUGAGCCACUGUGAAACCAGGUGCUAUUAGACAAGAAGAAAGUGACAGAUCUGGAUGUAACAAUUAGCCCUCCUAGUCCUCCAAUCAGGAUUAGGUGAACUUGUCGUGAGAAAAAGAAUAAUUUAGAAUAGCAAAAUUGAUCUACCAAAGCUAAUAGGCAUACUGUAACAGUAGAGAUCAGUAGUUUCAAAUCUAUGGAGAUCCCAAGAGAAAUGAGAUAAAUUACUAAGAGAUGUAGCCUAUGUUUCAGUCACAUUGAAAACAAACGUUGCAGUUGCUUGGAGCAGCUAACAUUAUUCACAAAGCUUGAUAAAAAAUGUCAUUAUUUGAAUUAGAGAAGUGGUUUCUACAUGUUUACAUUCAACCACCUGCCCAGCUACAUCACUUUCACCCAGAGCCAUUUUUUUCUGUGGCUAUUCUUCCUGGUUGUAGCUAUUAAGCUAACUCUGUAGUAGGAUAACGUCCCCAUGGCUGAUAAAAUAACAUCUCAUACUAAGCUGUGGUUGGUGGAUUUUUUUUCUCGUACUGCAAAAUAGACCUAAAGAUCUUAAACCAGUAGAAUUCAUUGGGACCAUUAGCAGAACGGUGAUGGGUAUGAGUCAUUUGAUUUAAACGUUGGGAACCCAUUUGUUUAGAUUGAUGGAAAACAAAUACAGUCUUAACAAUGGCCAGAACAAAAAGUUCCCAUGAAGUCUUAUUUUGAAAGGGAUGCUAUCCUAAAAGUUACUUAGGUUGUCUAUAUCUUCCAAGGUUUUGAUUUUUUUUUUUCAAAAUAAGGACUCUCUUCUCAGUUAAAAUGUCUAUCCAUAGAAACAUACAUUGAGUAAUAGACCUGGGGGAAAAAAAACAUUGCUGUGAACAUAAAACACUCUGAAAUGUCUCUUUAAUGUUGAAUCUUUGAUGAUUUUGUGCCGGGGAACAAAGGACUAAGGAGCUAUUGUCUUAAUCAGCCGUGUGACUUGUUAUGUUUGUUUGUUUGUUAUUCACUGAAAAUGCUUCUCAGCUUUAAGACAACCGUGUUGUUCAUUUCUUAAAAGUUUGUUUGUAUGAAUUUUGAUCUAUUUUUGAACGUCUGCACUGCUUAAAAGACCGUAAAAAGAAGGACAGGCUACACAGCAACAGACAGAACUCGCAAACCAAACAGCCGCUUACACUCAGAUGCCUCUGUGUCAUCCACAUAUAUAGGAUACAUUUACAUUUCACUAAGCUCAUCAACACUGACAUGACCUCUGUCCCAAUAAGAAGAACAAACUCAGUUUUGUGCCAUGAGGAAUGUGUUUACAUUAAAGCUAACAGACGAGCGCUUUGAUUACAGAUGUUUGGUGUUUAUUGGUCUUAUCAGAAAGGCAUGCUUUCUCGUGCAUGGGGCUCACAGAACAGGCUUUAUUUGUCCCCGUCUGACAUUCUCGUUUUCCCCUCCUCCUCCUCCUCCUCCUCCUCUUCUUUGCCUGAGAAAGUUGUCAGUGCUGUAGAUGUCUCCUAUGUGGGGGCCUAGGAUGUUACUUCCUGCCAGCUUGUAAAAGCAGAGUAAACAAAGAUGGUAUUUGUAGUGAUGGCCAUUUUAUUUUCUCCUUAUUUGGUUUGAAAAAAAAAAAAAAUACAAACCAUUACUGCCUAUCAUUUGAACAACUAUUAGUUAUGUCGGUAAAGAAAGCAAAAAAUGGCCAAACUCAAUUUUGGCUUAUACAUCCGUGCUUUUUCACCCUGCACAGUAGCAGCAGGAUUGCUGUAACCCAGUUUUAGUCUCCUAUACUCAGAGGGGCUGUUGGGCUUUCCGUCUCUCCCACAUGCAGUGAGGGGAGCCACUGCAGAAGAGGUUGAUGAAUUUUAAUCAUACCAAGAGAAGGAUUCCCGCUUUUCAUCCGCUGUCUCCGUUCCCUCAUUCUUCACGACUGUUACCAUGCAGUACAUUGAAAUGAUUGAAUACAAAAUAAGGGGGUGGGGGGGUGGGGGCACAUUAUCUUCCUCUCUCUCUGUGUUGGUGUAAUGAUGAUGCUCUUCUCCAGUCUGCCUAGAUUAGAUCUUUCUCCACUUUGUGACAGGAUUCUCCUUUUGUGGCUAAGUGGACUCUGAGGCAGAGGAUGCUUUCCUCAUUAGGAGAGAAAUGGCUGAGAUGAAAGGAGGUGAGCUCCAAUAAGGAGUAGAGAGGGUAGGGAUGUUUUUUUUCUCGCUCAUUUCUUUCAUGUUGGCUUCCUCACACACACACAAAUACACACACUCAAACAUUGUAAAUGAUUUCUCCAUGAAUAACACAGUUUUGUGCAAUCAAAUAGCAUUUAUGUUAUGACAGCACUGAUCAUCAGAAAGGAAAUGAAAUCCCCUCUCAGCCUUGAUGGAAAUGAUGCAUCUCUGUUGACAAUAAUUACUCAGCUAAUUCUGACAGUUCUUGGAAAAGGGGAAGAAGGCUGCGUUCCCCACAGAUCAAAAACUACCGGUUCUUACAGCUGAGGCAGUACAAGAUGAGAAUAGCACAGCAACUGCGACUAUUGAAAGAAAAUGGCCAUAUGGGAUGAUUUCAAAUCUGUACAAAGUUUCAACUUUGCUGUCUAUACAAGCACAAUAUAUCAAGAGCUAGACUUAAUCAAUGUCCUUUACUAGGUAUAGACAGAUGCUGUUUAACUGGGGACACUGUGUUUGUAUACUAACCAGUAGCCUGUCAAAUGCAUUGAUGCAUAGCUGUGUGUAGGUCUGCAUGAGAGUUUACAAUUUAGUACAAACAGUCAUGUUUUCUCAGACUUGUGGUACAAAAUGGUCAUAAGUGAUGCUCAAAUCAAAACAUUGGUAUAACUUGAGAUUUUGUAUGAUGGAAUCCACUUUUUAAAGUCAUGCACUAGAAUGCUGUAAUUGAUCCGAUUUUGUGAGAUUUAUCUCUGAACGUAGUAGUAUUUCUGUAUUCAUUGCUUGUAAGUUAAUUGCUUAAUUUAUCCAAACAAGAUAAACUUUCUUAACAACUUGCUUUUGUUGAUCCAAAUCUAAUGAGCCUUGAGGGACCAAAUCAUAAAAAAGUGUUAUUUUAGGGUUGUUUUCCAAUCUGUGAAUAAAUGAAUGAAGU